AUGCCGAUAGUAGGUACACGGUGGAGCUGUUGCUUCAACUCGUGUAUUCUCCUCGGAUUCCUGCUUCUGUCCGCCGCAGUACAGCUAAUUGAAGCCCAUAAACCGAAGGACAGCAAACUCUACAAAUUGAGGCCAGGGCAAACGGAGCGCGGUCAGAAUAUCACGCACAUACUCAACUCGUUUUUCACGAAAGGCUACGACAAGCGAGUCAGACCAAACUAUGGAGGUCCCCCAGUAAAAGUAGGCGUCAGCAUGCAGAUUGUCAGUAUCAGUGCCGUCUCCGAAGUUCAAAUGGAUUUCACCUCAGAUUUUUACUUCCGACAGUCGUGGAGAGACGAAAGAUUGUCUUUUCCUCGAACAAAUGAACUCAGCCAAAUGACGGUAGGCGCAGAGGUGGCCGGGAAGAUCUGGGUGCCAGAUACGUUCUUCGCCAACGAGAAAACCGCAUAUUUCCAUAUCGCUACGACCCCAAACACUUUCCUAAGAAUCGGAUCAGAUGGUGACGUUUAUCGAAGUAUUAGGUUAACCGUCACAGCCAGCUGUCCCAUGGAUCUCCGAUAUUUCCCCAUGGACCGACAGAGCUGUACGAUCGAAAUUGAAAGUUUUGGUUACACAAUGAGCGACAUCCGGUACUCAUGGCGUGAUGGAGCCAAGAGCGUCGGGAUUUCAGAAGAGGUUCAGCUGCCUCAAUUCAAAAUCCAAGGUCAUGUACAAAAAGCGUCUGAAAUCUCUCUAUCGACGGGAAACUAUUCGCGACUCAUCUGCGAAAUACGUUUUGUCCGCUCGAUGGGAUACUACCUCAUUCAAAUAUAUGUUCCUGCCGGUUUGAUCGUCGUCAUCUCAUGGGUAUCAUUCUGGCUCCAUCGGAACGCCACUCCGGCACGAGUCGCACUGGGAGUAAUGACUGUGCUCACCAUGACCACAUUGAUGUCCAGCACAAACUCCCAGCUUCCAAAAAUUUCUUAUGUUAAAUCGAUUGAUGUCUACUUAGGAACAUGUUUCGUGAUGGUGUUUGCUUCACUCCUGGAAUACGCAGCCGUUGGAUAUCUUGGGAAAAGAGUUGCCAUGAGAAAAUCCAGGGCGCAACAGCUGGCCCGGUUCCAGGACAGGAAGCGAACGCAACGGGUGAUGCGCCAGUUUGGUCCCAGCAUGGAUGAAAUGAGCCCGGAGCACGAUCCUUUGAUAACGAAGAACUAUAACUUCAACUUCAAUCAAGCGCCUUGGGGCGGUGGAGCGACGUCUGCCCCGGCUCCAAUGCCCGCGUAUAACCCGCGAUACGAGCGAAAACUUCACAUCGCAUCUGCGCCAAAGUCCGUUCAUCAUGGGGGCCGGGAAAGCGGGAAACACCUCGAUUUGAACAGCGGCAGCAUAAAGCCGCACGGCAAGCAUCACUCGAGUGAAAAGUCGAAAAACAAUAACCAGGAUAAAGUGGAUGAAAUUGAGAACCAAAUCCGAAGUGAAUACUACUCCUCUUCGAACCCUGGGAGACCUACGCAGAUCGGACACGGCAACCUCAAGUUGUCCUCGAGCUCAGCUCGUAACGUUAACAAUUACUACAACACCAUCAACGGCAAACACCACCAGCAGUUGAACAGCAUGAGUAAUAACCCAACAAGUAUGAUGAACUCGUACAACAUGAUCAACCACAACGGGCCUCCGACGUCGCACUACGCAACGAUGCCUCACCUCGUCAACCCACGCGAACGACGGACAGACCACCUUAACAACUCCAUAAUCAACCCUCUGGUGGCAAUGGACGAGCAUAGACUGAGUCGAUGCGAUUCGAAGAUUUCACGCAAGGCUUCGACGUCUCCGGAAGGCAGCAUCGUCGGAGGAGCCCUGAGCCCGGCUGUGGAGUCGGUCCUCCUGAAGAACCCGAACAAGCUUUGCGGGGUCAAUCCGAGUGACAUUGAUAAAUAUUCUCGAGUCGUAUUCCCCGUUUGCUUCGUCUGCUUCAACCUGAUGUACUGGGUUAUCUACAUGAGGAUCUCCGACGUCAAGUACGCAGAACCCACUGUGCUCCAUUAG